AUGGUCUCUAGUCCGUGGAUGCCUCCGGUGUGCGGACACUGCAAAGGGAUUGGACAUACAAUCAAACGUUGCAAGCUGGCUCCAAUCACCUGUGAGGAUUGCAAAUCGUCAGCAUACACCUCAGGAAAUUUCCCAAGAGCUCAGGGAAAAGAUCCAAGGAAGAAAAAACGAGGAAGAAGCCGUUCCAAAAACAAAAACAAAGAUCCAAACAUCGAAGGAAGCCAGAUCAGGAGGAUAGCGGCUACAGGUCUGACUGGAAACCUAACCAAAGGGGAAACUAGCUCUACCCAAAAAUGGAUCCCCAAGGAGACCAAGGAGAGUAAAAAGGCUUCAUCAGCAAAAUCAUCUGAAGCUGAAGCUGACUCCUCCGAUGUCUUUACAUCAGAAUCAGAAGGCUAUGUUAGCCUAGAGGAGCAGUAUGCGGGAUUCACAGAGGUUCUGUCUUCUAGACAGAAAAAGGCGUCGAGGGGCAAGGGCCCCAAACACGCUUAA